GCCCCAUGUGGGUGCUCACCUGCCUUCAAACACAAGAUUCCGUGAGGCCAAGUUUUCAUCCAGUGUUGAGAUUGUCGCGCUACAAUGCCUAGCACUAGGGGGAAAAGGCUGUCCUCACAACAAUCACGACUCAAAGCUCCCCAGAAGGGGAGUAAAUGUUGGGAGAGGUUAGUUGCUACAGAGUCUCAUCGUUGGGCUGUGAAAAUCAUACUGAUAACUUACUGGACCACACUCAACGGCAUCAUUACCACUGUUAGCUUUUGUAGCAGUUCCAGCUCCGGUCACAGUGGGUUCGAAGCGUGUGGCUCCUUGUCUCGGUGUUGCGAAUGGUCAUUUUUCCGAUUCGAUUCGGUUACAGCUCCGUCUCACGUCCGAUGGCCUAGUGCGCAAGUCAGGUUACAAAUGCAUCGUAGAAGAGGGGUAAUCAUCUUGAAAGUAACGCCUUGAAGUAUCGUGAGACAUAAAGUAGCGGUUUUUUCUAACGCCGUCUGAGGUGGCCCAGAGAGCUAUUAAGCUCGUCGAAACUGUUGUUUUCUAGUUCUUCAUUACGUACUGGGACCUUAGGCGGUGCUAGGCAAGUGUACGCAAGCUUAGAGUGGUGUACGGUAAUCUUCAGUCCAGAAAUGGGCCACCUUCAAAAUUUUGAGACCAAUUCCACCAGGUGUAUUGAGCGUUUUCACGCUAGGUCAUCG